AUGACCCACUUCCAUCAGGUGAUCACCAGAGUGGUGCUCUUUCUUUCUUCUCAGCCUGAUUGCAUCCUCCAGUGGCUGUCCACUGCCUUGCUCACGAGGCCCUCUCACUUUCGGUUCCAGGUGGUCUUCGGCAAGAAGCUUCCUGCCUUUGCCACUAUCCGCAUCGACCAGCUACAGCAUGAAAGGAAGUAUGACAUCUACUUUGCUGAUGGGAAAGUGUAUGCCUUGUACAGGCAGCUGCUGCAGCAUGAGUGCCCAAGGUGCCCUGAGCUGCCACCUUUCGGCCUCUUCGGGGACCUGGAGCAGCACAUGAGGAAGCAGCAUGAACUCUUCUGCUGCAAGCUGUGCCUCAAACACCUCAAGAUCUUUACAUAUGAGCGCAAAUGGUACUCGCGCAAGGACCUGGCGCGGCACCGCAUGCAGGGAGACCCCGAUGACACAUCGCACCGUGGGCAUCCACUCUGUAAGUUCUGCGAUGAGCGCUACCUAGACAACGAUGAGCUGCUAAAGCACCUGCGUCGAGACCACUACUUCUGCCACUUCUGUGACUCGGAUGGAGCCCAAGACUACUACAGCGACUAUGCUUAUCUGCGUGAGCACUUCCGGGAGAAGCACUUCCUGUGUGAGGAGGGCCGCUGCAGUACCGAGCAGUUCACCCAUGCGUUCCGCACCGAGAUCGACCUCAAGGCCCACAAGACAGCCUGCCAUAGCCGGAGCCGCGCUGAGGCCCGCCAGAACCGCCAGAUAGACCUGCAGUUCAGCUACACGCCACGACACUCCCGCCGGAACGAAGGGACCGUCAGUGGCGAGGACUAUGAGGAGGUGGACAGGUACAACCGCCAGGGCCGAGCAGGCCGGGCCAGUGGCCGUGGAGCCCAGCAGAGCCGCCGAGGAAGCUGGAGGUACAAGAGGGAAGAAGAGGACCGAGAAGUGGCAGCUGCCAUCCGGGCCUCGGUGGCCACGCAGCAGCAGCAGGAGAUACACAAGAGUGAGGACCGGGAGGAGGGCAGCAGGCUCAAGAAGGAGGAGGCAGGGAUGUGGGGAGCUGAGGAGCCCCGAGGGCCCCGGCGCCUGCUACGGACUCAGGGUGAAGGCCCAGGCCCCAAGGAAGCCUCGACAAACGGUCCUGUAAGCCAAGAGGCCUUCCCAGCCAACACCUCAGCAUCAGGGGCUACACAUCUGAGCACCCUUCCGCCCUCCACUUCGAAGCUCAAGGAUGAAGAUUUCCCCAGUCUCUGCACCUCUACUUCUUCCUCCUGCUCCACGGCAACAGCCCCGGGCCCUGUGGGGCUGGCACUGGUGUACCCUGUUCCUACCAGGGGCAGGAGCACCUUCCAGGAGGACGACUUCCCUGCCCUGGUGUCCUCCACCUCCAAACCCAGCACAGCCCCCACCAGCCUCAUCUCUGCCUGGAAUAGCAGUGGCAGCAAGAAGGUGGUGCAACCCACCCCAGGGGCCCAGGCUGCUGGUGGGGGCAGUCAACCCCCCAGGAAGGCUGGGAAAGGGGGUAAGGGCAACAAAAAGGGUGGGCCGCCGCCCCCAGAGGAGGAGGAAGAGGAGGAUAGCCGCACUGGCCUCACCACCCAGGAGCUGCGGAGCGUGCCCACCACGGUUGCCGUCUCCUCCCUGCUAGCGCUGGCCUCCACCCAGACCUUCACCAAAGUCGGCAAGAAGAAGAAGGUGGGCUCCGAGAAGCUGGGUGCCACAUCACCCCUGUCACUGCCCCCUGAAAAGGAUGGGCCCCCUGGGGCUGAGCAAGCCCCCCCGGCCCCUAAGGGCAGAGCUGAGGGGCCAGUCGCUGUCAUCAUCAAUGGACACACAGAGGGGCCAGUCCCCGCUUGGAGUGUCCCCAAGGAACCCCCGGGGCUCCCACGGCCCCUGGGCCCCCUUCCCUGCCCCACGCCCCAGGAAGACUUUCCAGCGCUUGGCGGUCCCUGCCUGCCUAGGAUGCCCCCUCCCCCAGGCUUCAGCACUGUGGUGCUCCUAAAGGGCACUCCACCCCCACCUCCGCCAGGUCUAGUGCAAGUCAGCAAGCCACCCCCUGGCUUCUCCGGCCUGCCCAGCCCCCACCCAGCCUGCGUCCCCAGCACUACCACCACCACAAAAGCACCCAGGCUGACACCAGCACCCCGGGCCUACCUUGUCCCCGAGAACUUCCGGGAGAGGAACCUGCAGCUCAUCCAGUCCAUCAAGGACUUUCUGCAGAGUGACGAAGCCCGCUUCAGCGAAUUCAAAAGUCACUCAGGAGAAUUUCGACAGGGCGUGAUCUCCGCAGCCCAGUAUUAUAAGAGCUGUCGGGACCUGCUUGGGGAGAACUUUCAGAAGAUCUUCAAUGAGCUGCUGGUGCUCCUGCCCGACACAGCCAAGCAGCAGGAGUUGCUGUCUGCACACACGGACUUUCGAGGCCAGGAGAGGCUGCCUGGCACCAAGGCCAAGAAGAAUAAGAAGAAUGCAUGGCAAGCCAGCACCCAGCAGGCAGACCUGGACUGCUGUGUGUGCCCCACCUGCCAGCAGGUUCUCGCAAAUGGUGACUUCCGCAGCCACCAGGCUCUGCACACUGCCCGGGAUGACGACUUCCCCUCCCUGCAAGCUGUUGCCAGGACCCUCACAUAGCUCCCGCUGUGUGGGCCGGAGUGGCCACAACCAUGAGCCUCCUUUGUCCCUGCUCUUCCUCCUGGGCUGACAGGCAGCCAGGGAAGGCCCUGUUGAGACCACCUGCUCAGGCCCUUUGGUUGGCCGGCCCACCAGGGGUCACAAGGACAGCCCACUUCAUAUCCGCACAGUUAGGCAGGUUUCCUGCUGGGAACUGGGCAGAUACCCCUGCCUCAGUGGUGGGCCAGUCUUGGUUUAUAUCUCAUGAUUUUGGAAGGUGCCAGGGGAAGAAAGGGCCAGGAUGCUGGGACUUGUCCAUGUUGUCAGAGGCAGUGGCCACAGUGGCCCAAUCUGGGACCUCCUGAGCCUGAGGGCUGCAGCACUUUGCCCCCCAAGCCUGAAGCUGUGGGUCCACUGGUGCAGGAGUAGAACAUUGAGUGUGUUGUGUAAACAGUUGGCUCUUUCAUGAUUCAAGAGUGUUCAGGAUUAAAAGCAGACACAAAAUUGUGCUACUUGAAGUUAAAUCUUUCUACGAGAAGCUGAAUCUGGGAUCUCAAAUUGCUUCUGACCUUUUAUAAAACAGUUUAUCUUUAAAUAAAUUUAUUUUGCAAUAAUGCA